AUGGCGGACGUUGUCAUAGUGCGAUAUUUGUUCACAUUUUUGCUUCUAAAUGCUUGUUAUGCCGGUCUCCCAGGCUUGGAGUCAGAUCAAGAUGGACUCUCACCGGCCGAGAACCAUCUCCAAGAAGACAUACUGGCUGUGGAUAAAAAGAUGAUGGUGCAACAACCACGAAGGAAAUUCAUGAAAAGAUAUAAAUGUCAUCAAUGUGAGCCACCGGACUGUGACCACUCAACCCAAGUGUGUAACUCAGCCCUAUACUGCUUCAAGUCGACCGUCCGAGCUAGUGACGGCACACUCCGUUACUCUAGAGGCUGUUCGUCUAGACGGGAUCAUUACCAGUUCACAUGUAGAACACAUCAGACACAAGGUCACAGUAAGCGCCAUGCAGCGGCUCCCCUGAACAUCACAUGUUGUCAGGGUGACAUGUGUAAUGAAGGGCCCUUCCCUCCACUGUCCCCUGCGGACACAGCUAUCGAGCCACUCACUAGCGGGGCCUGGAAGCUGUGGCUGAGUGUGGGGCUGUCUGUACUAGCUGUUAGUGCUAUAGGAGGACUCAUUAUAUUAGUGCUGAGGAGGACUCACAGACUCCGUGUAUCUAGAGCGGCUCAGAAGCUGGGCGUGGACUCUAACUACUUCACAGCCAACAUGUACAGCUCGCAUGUGACAAGCGCUUAUUAUGAAGGAGCGGAGGGUUCCCAAGCGUGCGCCCUCCAAGCGGUGGCUGCGGGCGACUCCACCUUGAGGCAGUACCUGGAGGGGUCCGCCACCAGCGGCUCGGGCUCCGGGCAGCCGCUCAUGGUGCAGAGGACGCUCGCCAAGCAGGUGUCGCUCAUUGAGAGGCUCGGGAAGGGUCGUUACGGCGAGGUGUGGCGCGGCUCGUGGUGCUCGGACAGCGUGGCCGUGAAGAUCUUGUUCAGCAGAGACGAGGCGAGCUGGGCGCGCGAGACGGAGAUGUACAGCACCGUGCUGCUGCGGCACGACAACAUACUGGCCUACAUAGGGAGCGACAUGACCAGCAGGAACAGCUGUACACAGUUAUGGCUCAUAACUCAGUACCACCCGCUGGGCUCCCUGUAUGAGUACCUGAGUCGCACCACCCUCACCAGACAUCAGAUGAUGCUCAUCUGUCUGUCUACGGUCAAGGGUCUGUUACAUCUACACACGGACAUACAUGGCACACAGGGUAAACCGGCCAUAGCACAUCGUGAUAUAAGGUCCAAGAACAUACUGGUGAAGCUGAACGGAGAGUGUUGUAUAGCGGACCUGGGGCUGGCCGUGACCAGGGAACACGAGGACGACCCGCGACGGGGGACGCCGCGAUACAUGAGCCCUGAGAUGUUGGACGGAAGUAUGAGCCCCGUGUGUCUGGAGUCCUACAAGCGGUGUGACAUCUACGCACUGUCCCUAGUGUUCUGGGAGGUGUGUAGACGAGUGUCGGGUCGGGGACGCCGCCCCCCGUACUACGAGUGGGCUCCACAGGACCCCGGACUUGAUGAUAUGAGGAAAAUAGUGUGUGUGGACAACGCUAGGCCCGGGAUACCAACUGACACACACCCGACUAUGCAGGGUAUGUUCAGUCUGAUGCGUGAGUGUUGGCACCAGAACCCCUCGGUCCGUCUGCCGGCGCUCCGCAUCAAGAAGACGCUCCUCAAACUAGCAGCCAACGACAACGCUAUCAGACUAGACGAAGACACUGAAGUUUAUGUGUGA